GCGCCAUGCAGAGCCCGUGGAUGCAGCGAGUGCCGAGGGUCUGGCCGUGUGGCGAGAAAAGAGGCAAGCUUCCUCCUACGGCCAACUAGUUCACUUCUCCGUUGUGGACGUGUCCUUCUUUGAGGAGGCGCUGCAGUCGGUGAAGUCCAUCAUGUUCGCCUGCCUUCCGGUGAGUAACAUUCGCCUUACCUUGUGGCACAGCCCAUCAGAGGACGGCAGCUUGAAGGGAGAUCCCGAGAUUGAGGCUAUCGCCAAGAAGCUGUACUUCAAGUGGUUCACGCUCCUCGUCGAGAGUUGUCGCGAGGGAGUUCGCAGUGCUCUGGCAGCUGUGCCCGAUUCAGAUGCCGGAACCCAGUGGCGAAAACACUUCGUGCGACUGCACUUCCGGGCAAUCCUUCAUGCUGACCGCAAGCCAAAUGCCAAAGCUGGUGUUGUGACUGGAAAGGUGGUUCGGCGCCCUCGCGCAGAGCCGCCCGACGACCCGCCCAUGCCAUUGCAGGUGCCUUCCAUCGAGCUCUGCCUUGGUCAGGUCUGGCUCCGCGGGGCCAGCGGCGCCCUCAAAAGCAGUGGCGCUGGCAUCGGGAACUUGGCCUUGGCAGCUGCGUCUAUGCGCGCCUUUCGCGGCAAAGACGCGGCAGAGGCCCCAGCGCCAGAGAAACAGCUGACAGAUGCAAGCUGCGCUGCGUGGGCCAGCUGCAAGACAGCAUUGCAGAAGGCUCUGCUGAUCGGCACGCUGGACCAGGUUUUGGCCAAGCUGGUGCCGGCAAG